AUGGCCCUUAAGAUCGUGAUCGCUUUGGCUCUGUUCGCCGUGGCUCAUGGCGCCGUGCUGAGGACGGCUGCCCCUGUGGCAGUGGCUGCUGCUCCCGUUCCCGUUCUGGCCAAGACAGUUGAGCUGGAGGAGGUGGAUCCCCAUCCACAGUACUCUUACAGCUACGAUGUGCAGGACACCCUCUCUGGCGACAACAAGGGACACGUGGAGGAGCGCGAUGGAGAUGUGGUCCGAGGCGAGUACUCCCUGAUCGAUGCCGAUGGUUUCAAGCGCACCGUUACCUAUACUGCCGAUCCUGUCAACGGUUUCAACGCCGUCGUCCGCCGUGAGCCUCUUGCCGCCGUGGUGGCUGCCGAGCCUGUGGUUAAGGUUGCCGCUCCUUUGGUCAAGGCCGCUGCCCCCGUUGCCCUUGCUGCCCCAGCUCCCAUCGUACGCGCUGCUCCUCUGGCUGUAUCUACGCCCUUCGUCCGCUCUGCUCCUCUAGCGGUGGCUGCUCCCGUCAUUAAGUCCGCUCCUCUGGCCCUGACGACCCCCUUCGUCCGCUCUGCUCCUCUGGCAGUGGCUGCUCCCGCUCCGGUUCUGCGCACUGCUGCCUAUACCGCACCUCUGAGGUACACCGCUCCAGCUUACACCGUUGCCAACUUGUAA